ACCAGCACUGCUGAGAGCGGAUAGGGAGGGGAACUAGAAGAAGAGAAGACGCUGUCUGGCUUUUCCCCUUGCUACAGAAAACUUGCCUUCUACCGGGAAUAAUCGAAAUACCUUUCACAAUUUUGGUUUUCAAAGUACGAGGCGGCGCCGGCGGGAGUGGAUUCACGCACUCAGCCAGAGAGAAAAACCCAAAGGCCAUCAUCUGACUGGGCAGGAGGGCUGUCACUCAAACACCGCUUUACAUCAGGUGUGAGUCGGGUGGAGGUGCAGAGCAGCAAUCAUGGUGGCCCUGUCACUAAAGAUCGGCGUGGGGAACGUGGUGAAGACCAUGCAGUUUGAGCCCUCCACCAUGGUGUAUGAUGCCGGCCGCAUCAUCAGGGAGAGAGUUCCUGAGGCACAGCUCGGACAGCCCAAUGACUAUGGGCUGUUUCUGUCUGAUGAAGACCCAAAGAAAGGCAUCUGGCUGGAGGCAGGAAAGGCCCUGGACUACUACAUGUUGAGGAAUGGGGACACUCUGGAGUACAAGAAGAAGCAGAGGCCUCUGAAGAUCCGCAUGCUGGACGGCACGGUGAAGACCGUCAUGGUGGACGACUCCAAGAUUGUCAGUGACAUGCUCAUGACCAUCUGCGCUAGAAUAGGCAUUACAAACUACGAUGAGUACUCGCUGGUGCGAGACAUCGGCGAAGAGAAGAAGGAGGAGACCACGGGCACGCUGAAAAGAGACAAGACUCUGCUGAGGGACGACAAGAAGAUGGAGAAGCUGAAGCAGAAGCUCCACACAGAUGACGAGUUGAACUGGUUGGACCAUGGCAGGACGUUGAGGGAACAGGGCGUGGAGGAGACAGAGAUGUUGCUGCUGAGGAGGAAGUUCUUCUACUCAGACCAGAAUGUGGACUCCAGAGACCCCGUCCAGCUCAACCUGCUCUACGUACAGGCCCGUGAUGACAUUCUGAAUGGAUCGCAUCCCGUCUCCUUUGAUAAGGCCUGCGAGUUUGCCGGCUAUCAGUGUCAGAUUCAAUUCGGCGACCACAACGAGUCCAAACACAAGCCUGGAUUCUUAGAUUUAAAGGAGUUCCUUCCCAAAGAGUACAUCAAGAACAAAGGAGAGAAAAGGAUCUUCCAGGCACACAAAAACUGUCAGAACAUGACGGAGAUCGAGGCCAAAGUCAGCUAUGUGAAGCUGGCGAGGUCUCUGAAAACCUACGGAGUGUCUUUCUUUCUGGUCAAGGAGAAAAUGAAGGGCAAGAACAAGCUGGUGCCCCGUCUGUUGGGUAUCACCAAGGAGUGUGUGAUGAGGGUGGACGAGAAGACCAAGGAGGUGAUCCAGGAGUGGAACCUGACCAACAUCAAACGCUGGGCCGCCUCGCCCAAGAGCUUCACCCUGGACUUUGGAGACUACCAGGAUGGGUACUACUCUGUGCAGACCACUGAGGGAGAACAGAUAGCUCAGCUUAUUGCCGGCUACAUCGACAUUAUCCUCAAAAAGAAAAAGAGCAAAGACCACUUUGGCAUGGAGGGAGAUGAAGAGUCAACCAUGCUGGAAGACUCUGUGUCACCCAAAAAGUCUACAGUGCUGCAGCAGCAGUUCAACAAGGUGGGCAAGGUGGAGACAGGCUCAGUGGCCCUGCCAGCCAUCAUGCGCUCGGGGGCUGGAGGUCCAGAGAGCUUCCAGAUGGGAUCCAUGCCUCAGGCCAAGCAGCACAUCACCAGUGGACAGAUGCACCGAGGACACAUGCCCCCACUGACUUCGGCACAGCAGGCCCUGACUGGAACCAUCAACUGCAGUAUGCAGGCGGUCCAGGCUGCCCAGGCCUCUCUGGAUGACUUGGAUGCCCUUCCCCCACUGGGGACCGACGCUGCAUCCCAAGCCUGGCGCAAGAACAAGAUGGAUGAGUCCAAACAUGAGAUCCAUUCCCAGGUGGAUGCCAUCACAGCAGGCACCGCCUCCAUGGUCAACCUCACUGCAGGUGACCCAGCAGAGACGGACUACACAGCGGUGGGCUGUGCUGUGACCACAAUCUCCUCCAACCUGACCGAAAUGUCAAAGGGUGUUAAACUCCUCGCCGCACUCAUGGAGGAUGAAGGCGCAAGCGGGCAGCAGCUGCUGGGUGCCGCCAAGAACCUGGCCACCGCCGUCUCUGACAUGCUGAAGACCGCCCAGCCUGCAAACACAGAGCCUCGUCAGGUCCUGCUGCAGGCUGCAGGAAAUGUUGGCCAGGCCAGCGGAGAGCUGCUCUCUCACAUAGGAGAGACGGACACUGAUCCACAGUUCCAGUUUCUAGGUCAAGGAUCUUUCAGGGGUGCCCGAUGGAGAGUCCCCUCUUAUUGUCAAAUGCCGGACAUGCUGAUGCAGCUGGCGAAGGCUGUGGCCAACGCCGCAGCGGCUUUGGUGCUCAAAGCCAAGAAUGUGGCCCAGAAGACAGAGGACUCAGCCCAGCAGAACCGAGUCAUCGCUGCAGCCACGCAGUGUGCUCUGUCUACAUCUCAGCUGGUGGCCUGCACCAGGGUGGUGGCUCCGACCAUCAGCUCCCCGGUGUGCCAGGAGCAGCUGAUCGAGGCGGGAAAGCUGGUCGCCAAAUCAGUGGAAGGCUGUGUGGAGGCGUCGCAGGGGGCCACCAAUGACGAGGGCCUCCUGAAGCAGGUGGGCGUGGCCGCCACCGGGGUCACCCACGCCCUCAACGAGCUGCUCCAGCACAUCAAACAGUACGCCAGUGGAGGCCAUCCCAUCGGACGCCACGGAGAAGCCACCGACCGGAUCCUGGACGUCACCGAGAACAUCUUCAGCUCCAUGGGAGACGCUGGUGAGAUGGUUCGACAGGCCCGCAUCCUCGCUCAGGCCACGUCUGAUCUGGUCAACGCCAUCAAGAUGGACGCCGAGGGCGAGUCGGACCUGGAGAACUCCCGCAAGCUGCUGUCGGCCGCCAAGCUGCUGGCUGAUGCCACCGCUAAGAUGGUGGAGGCCGCUAAGGGCGCAGCAGCAAACCCUGACAGUGAGGAGCAGCAGCAGAAGUUGCGAGAGGCUGCUGAAGGUCUCCGCAUGGCCACCAACGCCGCUGCCCAGAAUGCUAUCAAGAAACGGCUGGUCAACAAGCUGGAGAAUGCAGCCAAACAGGCCGCAGCCGCCGCCACUCAGACCAUCGCCGCUGCCCAGCACGCGGCCUCGUCCAGCAAGAACCAGGCGGCCCAGCAGCAGCUGGUCCAGAGCUGCAAGGUGGUGGCAGAGCAGAUCCCUCAGCUGGUUCAGGGAGUCCGAGGCAGCCAGUCCCAGCCUGACAGCCCCAGCGCUCAGCUGGCUCUCAUCAGCGCCAGCCAGAACUUCCUGCAGCCUGGUGCUAAGAUGGUAACAGCCUCCAAAGCCACCGUUCCCACCAUCGGGGACCAGGCCUCAGCUAUGCAGCUCAGCCAGUGUGCUAAGAACCUGGCCAGUGCCCUGGCUGAGCUCCGUGCCACCUCCCAGAAGGCUCAGGAAGCGUGUGGCCCGUUGGAGAUAGACAACGCUCUGUCAAUGGUGAGAGGUCUGGAGAAGGACAUCCAGGAAGCCAAGGCUUCAGCUGACGAGGGCAAACUCAAACCUCUGCCAGGAGAGACGCCUGAGAAAUGCUCCCAGGAUCUGGUGACCAGCACCAAGGCUGUGAGCUCGGCCAUCGCCCAGCUGCUGAGUGAGGCCACCCAGGGCAACGAGAACUACACAGGCAUGGCAGCCAGAGACGUGGCCCAGGCUUUAAAGUCCUUGGCCUCAGCGGCCAGAGGCGUGGCUGCCACCACAGGCGACCAAGCAGCGCGUAACGCAGUGCUCGACACUGCCGGUGACAUCAUGGAUAAGUCGGCCAACCUGAUCGAAGAGACCAAGAGGGCCAUCGCCAAGCCAGGAGAUGCAGAGAGUCAGCAGCGGCUGGCCCAGGUGGCUAAGGCCGUGUCUCAGGCCCUGAACAGAUGUGUGAACUGCCUUCCUGGCCAGAGGGAUGUGGACAACGCCAUCCGCACUGUGGGCGAAGCCAGCAAGACUCUCCUGGGUGAUUCUUUCCCGUCCAGUGGAAGGAGCUUCCAGGAGGUCCAGGCUCAGCUCAACGAGGUCGCGGCCGGUCUGAACCAGUCAGCCAACGAGGUGGUCCAGGCGUCCAGAGGGACUACCCAGGACCUGGCCCGGGCCACCAGCAAGUUUGGACAGGACUUCAGCAACUUCCUGGAUGCUGGCGUUGACAUGGCCGGAACAUCCCAGUCUAAAGAGGACCAGACGCAGGUGGUGUCCAACCUGAAGACCAUCUCCAUGUCCUCCAGCAAGCUGCUGCUGUCAGCCAAAGUCCUGUCCACUGACCCCAGCUCGCCCAACCUCAAGAACCAGCUAGCAGCCGCCGCUCGGGCAGUGACAGACAGCAUCAACCAGCUGAUCACCAUGUGCACUCGGCAGGCGCCCGGUCAGAAGGAGUGUGACAACGCUCUCAGAGAGCUGGAGUCGGUGAGGGGGAUGCUGGACAACCCGACAGAAGCCAUCAACGACCUGUCGUACUUUGACUGCAUCGACAGUGUCAUGGAGAACUCUAAGGUCCUCGGUGAGUCCAUGGCCGGCAUUUCCCACCAUGCCAAGAACUCCAACCUGCCAGAGUUUGGGGAUUCAGUCAGUGGUGGCUCCAAAGCUCUGUGUGGUCUGACUGAAGCAGCUGUACAGGCUGCCUAUCUGGUGGGAGUAUCAGACCCCAACAGUUCAGCAGGUCAGAAGGGCCUGGUGGACCCUGCUCAGUUUGCCCGGGCUAAUCAGUCCAUCCAGAUGGCCUGCCAGAACCUGGUGGACCCAGCCUGCACCCAGUCUCAGGUGCUCUCUGCAGCCACCAUCGUGGCCAAACACACCUCGGCACUGUGUAACGCCUGCCGCCUGGCCUCCUCCAAAACUGCCAAUCCGGUUGCCAAGAGGCAGUUUGUCCAGUCAGCCAAAGAGGUGGCCAACACCACUGCCAAUCUGGUCAAGUCCAUAAAGGCUUUGGAUGGAGCCUUUAACCAUGAGAACAGAGAGAAGUGUAAGGCAGCCACUGUUCCUCUGAUAGAAGCUGUGGACAACCUAACUGCCUUCGCCUCCAACCCAGAGUUCGCCAGCAUUCCUGCUCAGAUCAGCCCCGAGGGCCAUGCAGCCAUGGAGCCCAUCGUGGCGGCAGCGAAGGCGAUGCUGGAGAGCUCGACCGGCCUGAUCCAGACUGCCCGCUCCCUGGCUGUCAACCCCAAAGACCCCCCCAAGUGGUCAGUGCUGGCUGGCCACUCCAGGACCGUGUCUGACUCCAUCAAGAAACUCAUCACCAACAUGAGAGAAAAGGCUCCCGGCCAGAGAGAAUGUGAUGAUGCUAUUGAGGUGCUGAACGGCUGCAUCCGCGAGGUGGACCAGGCCUCUCUGGCUGCCAUCAGCCAGCAUCUAACACCCCGAGAGGACAUCUCCAUGGAGAAUCUCCAUGAGCAGAUGGCUGCCUCCGUCCAUGAGAUCAGUAACUUGAUUGACCCUGUCGCUGUGGCUGCUCGCUCUGAGGCCUCCCAGCUGGGACACAAGGUAUCUCAGAUGGCCAGCUACUUUGAGCCCCUGAUCAUGGCAGCCAUUGGCACGGCGUCGAAGAUCGUCAGCAGCCAACAGCAGAUGGCCGUCUUAGACCAGACCAAAACCCUGACCGAGUCCGCCCUACAGAUGCUCUACACUGCCAAGGAGGCUGGAGGAAACCCCAAGGCAGCACACAUGCAGGAGGCCCUGGAGGAGUCUGUGCAGAUGAUGAAAGAAGCAGUGGAUGACCUGGGCGCCACUCUGGCUGAGGCGGCCAGUGCAGCGGGGGCUGUGGGUGGCAUGGUGCACUCCAUCAACGACGCCAUCAACAAAAUGGAAGACUCGCCUGCUCUCGAAGCUGAAGGCACCUUCGUGGACUACCAGACUACCAUGGUUAAGACGGCCAAGGCCAUAGCUGUCACUGUGCAGGAGAUGGUGACCAAGUCCAACACAAACCCUGAUGACCUCGGAGGAUUGGCCAACCAGCUUACCAAUGAGUUUGGAAAUCUUGCAAACGAGGCCAAAUAUGCUGCCGUGACUGCAGAGAAUGAUGAGAUUGGUACUCACAUUAAGAAGCAGGUGGGCGAGCUGGGCUUCAGCUGCACCGGCCUGGUGACCAAAGCUGGGGCCCUGCAGUGCAGCCCCAACGACUCCUUCACCAAGAAAGAGCUGAUCGAAAGCGCCCGCAAAGUCUCCGAGAAGGUCUCCCAUGUGUUGGCGUCCCUCCAGGCAGGUAACCGUGGCACCCAGGCCUGCAUCACCGCCGCCAGCGCUGUGUCUGGAAUCAUCGCAGACCUCGACACCACCAUCAUGUUUGCCACUGCCGGUACUCUGAACAGAGAGAACGCAGAGACCUUCGCUGACCACAGAGAAUACAUCCUGAAGACAGCCAAGGCUCUGGUGGAGGACACCAAGCUGCUGGUGUCCGGCGCCGGAGCCAGUCAGGAGAAACUGGCCCAGGCCGCCCAGUCCUCGGUGGCCACUAUCACCAAACUGGCCGAUGUGGUCAAACUGGGAGCCGCCAGCCUGGGAGCCGAAGACCCCGAGACCCAGGUGGUCCUGAUCAAUGCGGUGAAAGAUGUGGCCAAAGCUCUGGGCAACCUCAUCAGCGCCACCAAAGCAGCCGCAGGCAAACCUCAUGACGACCCCAGCAUGCUGCAGCUAAAGAGCUCCGCUAAGGUGAUGGUGACCAAUGUGACAUCGCUCCUGAAGACGGUGAAGGCAGUGGAGGACGAAGCCACAAAGGGGACCAGAGCUUUGGAGUCCACAAUUGAACACAUCAAGCAGGAGCUGGCUGUGUUCAGCAGUUCUGACCCCCCACCAAAGACGACCACGCCGGAGGAGUUCAUUCGCACGACUAAAGGCAUCACCAUGGCAACCGCAAAGGCGGUGGCUGCUGGGAAUUCUUGUCGUCAGGAGGACGUCAUUGCCACUGCCAACCUCAGCAGAAGAGCCAUCGCUGACAUGCUGCACUCCUGCAAGCAAGCUGCCUACCACCCAGAGGUCAGCAUGGAGGUCCAGAUGAGAGCGCUGCGCUAUGGCAAGGAGUGUGCUUCCGGAUAUCUGGGACUGCUGGAGCAUGUGCUGGUGAUCAUCCAGAAGCCCUCUCAUGACCUGAAGCAACAGUUGGCCAGCUACUCCAAGCGGGUGGCAGGCUCUGUCACUGAGCUCAUCCAGGCCGCUGAGGCCAUGAAAGGAACAGAGUGGGUGGACCCAGAGGAUCCCACCGUCAUCGCAGAGAACGAGCUGCUAGGAGCGGCGGCAGCUAUUGAAGCAGCUGCCAAGAAACUGGAGCAGCUGAGGCCCAGGACCAAACCCAAGGAGGCCGAUGAGAGCUUGAACUUUGAGGAGCAGAUUCUGGAGGCAGCCAAGUCCAUCGCAGCAGCCACCAGUGCUCUGGUCAAAGCUGCCUCAGCCGCCCAGAGGGAGCUGGUGGCUCAGGGGAAGGUGGGAGCGAUCCAAGCCAAUGCGGUGGAUGAUGGACAGUGGUCUCAGGGGCUGAUUUCAGCUGCGCGAAUGGUUGCGGCAGCGACCAACAACCUGUGCGAGGCAGCCAACUCUGCGGUGCAGGGCCACGCCAGCGAGGAGAAGCUGAUCUCGUCAGCCAAGCAGGUGGCAGCUUCCACCGCUCAGCUGCUGGUGGCCUGCAAGGUCAAGGCUGACCAGGACUCCCAGACCAUGAAGAGGCUCCAGGCUGCUGGAAAUGCGGUGAAGAGAGCCUCUGAUAACCUGGUGAAAGCAGCACAGAAAGCGGCGUUUGAUGCCCAGGAUGACCAGGCUGUGGUGGUCAAGAGUAAGAUGGUGGGAGGGAUCGCUCAGAUCAUCGCUGCUCAGGAGGAGAUGCUGCGGAAAGAAAGGGAGCUGGACGAGGCCAGGAAGAGGCUGGCCAUGAUCCGACAGCAGCAGUACAAGUUCCUGCCCUCAGAGCUGCGGGAGGACGGCCAGGAACAGUGAGAGUGUGUGUGUGUCUGCGUGAACCACACACACACACACACACACAUCGGUAAUGCAACAGUGAUCCGUGGAAUGCUCAGGACCUUCCCCCAGCUCCAUGUAGGGAGAGGAGGCUUCAUGCUUCAGCAGAAACGUAACAUUAGGCAGAUUGACUCCCAAUUCCACAGUGAUGCAUCAGGAGGGCUAUUAUCAAUCUGUUUCUGUAUUUAAUUUCCAAAGUCAAAAAUGUAAUGACGCCAAUGAUUAUGAAUUUUGAUAAUACAGAAAUAUAUAUAUAUGUAUACCUUAAGUCCUUAUUAAGGUAUCUGUGCUUUUGAUUAUAUGCGGUCCUAUACUUUUCAAUAUAUGCUUCUCUUUCUUCGUCCUUUUUACCUGGACUGCAUGUCUUUGUUGUGUACAUGCUGCGUGGCUUCGUAAAAUAACAAAAUCCUGCCAUUAAGUUCUGCUACGAUUUAGGCUUCUGUGCACAUGGUGCAUAAUCUAUGCAACUUUUCUAUGCAGAUGUUUUGUGUGUGUGUGUGAACCCGUUUAGAGGCAAAGAGACACGACGUGUGAGUGAAGCAGAGGUCUGACGGAUCAUAUCUAGUAUGUGACAUGUCUUACUGUUUAAAUCUGAAAUAUGGACAAUGAAAUCAAAAAGUUUUAAAGUUUAGAUUUGGAAAAAUUAACUUUGCGAUGGAACAAAUCAGAGUGGGGGGGGAACAUUAUUUUUCUAAAGAUUGAGCUAUGAAAUGUAUUAAAUACGUUUUUUUGUGUGUUUAAAGACUAUGAAGCCAUAUAUUUAACUUCAAGACGUUUGACAUCAUAUUGACUGUAUGUGGGUGCUCAGUGUUUAGGAACAUGUUAUCUGUGCCAAUAUUAGGGCCUGACGCAGUGCUUUAUACUUUCUGGACAAUUGCUGUCACAGUACAAAGCCACGAUGCUAGUCUAAGGGGAUCAUACUACUUUCUGUCAGAUGUUACAUACAUAAAGUUCUGUGUUUUUAUCUCUACCGAGGGCCCGAGGUAAGCUCACUCUUUGAUCCCAGUGUAUCAGUUAUCAGUGCCUUCAUAGAACUUUGUAAAAGUUAUAAACUGAUACCAACCAUGUCCCCUCUAGAUGCACUUCAUUCAUAACGCUUUACAAUAAUUUAUCAGAAGAUUAUUUAAAUCCACCCCUAGUGUCUUUAUUUCCAUGGCACAGCUAAAGCAGCAUAAUCAAAAAAAUGACUGUAAUCCUACAAAGCUUUUUUUUUUUUUCCUCUUUGGCUCACAUUUUGACUUAACUUACAGCAGCAGCAGCUGAUGGCCACUGUAACAGAGAUUUAUAUUCAAUAAAGCCAGUUUUCAAGUGAAA